AGGCUUCUGGUCUUGAUUUAGCUUUUUGAUCGGUUACCACUUAUCAGCUUAUACAUACAUUGUGCUCCGAGUUCCGACUCCUGUAUACAGUCUCCAUGAGACGAUCAAACGCAAUUGUUGAAGGAAGUGGCUGUACUCGUGAGCAUUAAUUUAGAGCUUGUGAGACCGGCUUAAGGAUGCAGUGGCUUGCGGUAUUAACCUUAACCUCACUUGCCGUCUUCUUCGAGACGUUGGCGCGCCACGUAGCACUGGCUAGUGAUGGCAAGUUGCUACGUGUCCGAGGUAUACCUGUCGCCAAAAGCUCUCUUUACUCGCCUGACAGAGAUUUCGAAUGCCUGGACGGCAGCCUUCUUAUACCUUUCAAAAGAGUUAAUGAUGACUACUGCGACUGUGCUGACGGCAGCGAUGAACCUGGCACCGCUGCCUGCACCAAUGGUUCUUUCUAUUGCGGAAACUUAGGGUAUCAAGCAACAUAUAUUCCUUCUUCGUGGGUAAACGAUGGAAUUUGUGAUUGCUGUGAUGCUAGUGAUGAGUAUUCUUCUGAUGUCCAAUGCAUAGAUAACUGCCAUGAAUUAGGACAAGAAGCUUGGCUUGAAGCGCAGCGUGCAGCUGAAUUAGCCAAAGAGGGUAAUAAAAUACGACUAGAAUAUAUACAAAAAGGUAAGCAGCUCAAGACAGAGAAUCAAGCUAAACUAGCAGAGUAUCGUACUAGCUACGAAGAAGCUGAACUGACCAAGAAAGAGAAAGAAAUUGUAAAAACAAGAGCAGAGGAACGUGAAGCUGCUGCUCUUGAGAAAUAUAAACCUCCACCUUCACCUGAACAUGAGGAGGAAAAAGAUAUUUCUGACAAUGAAGUUAAAGAAUAUUUUCUUAUGUUAGACUCUGAUUCUAGUGGUACUGUAACGAUAGCUGAGUUGCAAACUAGAGUUACUUUUGACAAGGACCGUAAUGGGGAGGUUAGUCGAGAAGAGGCUUUAUUCUUCUUGAACAAUCAAGAAGAAUUAACAAUGCAAGAAUUUAUUGAUUCUGCCUGGACAAAUAUCAAGCCAUUCCUUAUGCUAGAAAAAGGAAUUUUUCAAGUUGCCGAAAAGAAGAAUGCUCAAGAGAGCGAGCACGAUCAGUCCGAUAAUGAGUCUCAUGACGCUUCCGAUGAACAUCACGAGGAUGAUGAUCACGAAGACGAAGAACAUGAAGAAGAGGGCCACGACGGUGAAGUGGAAGAGACCAACGAUGAGAAACAGCCUGAACCCGAACCCGAGAUGGAACCUGCCGUUCAAUAUGACGAAGAAACUCAAGCCCUUAUUGAUGAAGCAAAGGAAGCUCGAGAAAAGUUCCAAGAAGCUGAGCGUCACGUUCAUGAUCUCCUGAACGAGAUGCGCAAGCUCGAGGAACGCGUCGAGCGCGAUUACGGCCCCGACGAAGUCUUCGCUUCACUGGACGGCCAGUGUUUUGACUAUACGGAUCUCGAGUAUGUGUACACACUGUGCUUAUAUGGGAGAGCAUCACAGCGGUCCAAAUCCGGUGGCAACGAGGUCAACCUCGGUCAGUGGAAUGAAUGGAUUGGGGACGGUGUCAACAAGUACGCUAAAGCUAAAUAUGACCGCGGUCUCACCUGCUGGAAUGGUCCGUCGAGAAACACCAUCGUCUCGCUCAAGUGUGGAAUUGAGAAUAAACUAACUGCCGUUGCUGAGCCCAAUAGGUGCGAGUAUACCAUGGACUUUGAAACACCUGCGUUAUGUAAUCCUAAUGUCGAACAGAACACUGAUAUACACGACGAACUGUAAUUUUUUACUUUUUAAUUAUUCCUUCAUUUUUCAACUUUAAUUUCGAGUGCGGAUAAAAAAAAAUUAAACGAAAUAAUUUGGUUAAAAAAACUGAAAGAAAAAAGAAAAAGCUUUCUUAAAAAUAUCUUGGAUAUUUAUCAGCGAAAUGCGUUCAAAGAUAAUGAAGGAAUAUUAAUAUCAGGCUUGUUUAUGAAAUGAGUUAUGAGAAUACAAUGAAAAUAUAUUGGAUGUGUAACAUAGAAUAUAUUUUCAUUUAACAUUUCCUAUAAACUCCAAUGUACAAACGUGCCACGAUAUUUCAUAUUGUUUCCUUUAUAUCAAUUUAUCAGUUUUAACAUUAUCUUAAUAUCUUGUAAUGCAGUUAUUUAUAUGUUGUACUCAUGUGUACUCUUUGUUGUGAAAUGAAUUUUCACGAAUUAAAUUUUUGUAAGUGUACCUGGUACACAAAAAUUUGACUUGCACUGCUAUGAGAUAGAAGUUAAUUACUAAUAACCACAUCCUCGAAAGCACUUAUUGAUAGCAUUUUUUUCUAUUCAUUGUUGAUGAAGAAAAUGUGAAUUGUUAUGAAAGUAUAGGUCAAUCGCAUUAUAGGUAUUCAACAGAAAGUUUUACAGUAAUCGAACCCAUAGUUUUUUGUAUAAAACAACUUAAAUUUAUAAUAUUCACAUGGCUAUAUAUAAUUGAUACGUUUGGCGCUUUACGAUCACGAUAAGCGAAGAUUGUAAAUUUGUAUAGCAUGUUCAUUUUUAAAAUAAUGCGUUUGUCAAGAUUUCAAUAUGCUCAUUUUAUAAUUAAAUGAAUGCUUUUGCUCAUCACUGGAGAAAGGAUGUAGGAAUUAAAGAUUGAUGUUGGUAGAAUGAAAUUUCACGAUAAUGAUACGUUUCAACGUUGAAUGAGUAAAUAUUUUUCAUGUUAAGGAGGGAGUUUCUGCAAAUUUCGUUUUUUGAAAAUAGAGACAAGGAUUUUGUACAAAAUAAAUGUACUUUAAAUAUAACAUCAAACACGAUACCGAAAAAUUGAGUGACAUUAAUCUAAUACAUUCCUAUUUUGUAUUCUGAAAAUUUUCACAGUUAUGAAUGCGAAUGAUACUAAGAUGACAAGAUAUCCUGUGAUACAAAAUCGGUUGCUUUUUCAAUAAUAUCGAUUUUAAUGUAAAAA